UCUGCCAUCCAAUUGUCGAGAAGCCGGAUCCUUUCUUCCUCCUUUUUUUAAUAAAAAUAAAAAAUACCCCAACUAAACUACCCAGACAGAGAUGCUCACUCACUCCCCCACUUUGACAGCUCCCCAUCACCGCAAAAACAAAACAAAACAAACAAACAAAAUUAGCCACUUCCAGUGCUAUAUUCUCGGCCUACAUCAUUCCUCCCCUCCGAGAAAAAAACCCGACCGCCACCGCACCGGACCCGCCCAAAUUCACCGAUGUUGCCCUACAAAACCAUCGACGAAGCCUCUGCCGCCCUGGGCCGGCCCCUGACCGCCUUGGAGACGCUCUGGUUCAACUACUCUGCCACCAAAUCCGACUACUUCAUCUACUGCCACAACAUCCUCUUCCUCUUCCUCCUCUUCACCUGCGCCCCCGCCCUGUACGUCCUCCUCGAGCACCUCUCCUCCCUCGCCAACAACAACAACAAGAUCCAAAAGUACAAAAUCCAGCCCAAGGUCAAGCUCUCCCUCUCCGAGAAAUUCCGAUGCUACCGCGACGUAAUGCGCAUGUUCAUCCUCGUCGUCGGCCCCCUCCAGCUCGUCUCCUACCCUUCCGUCAAAAUGAUUGGAAUAAGGACGGGUUUGCCCUUGCCUUCAUUAGGGGAAAUCGCGGCUCAACUGUUGGUGUAUUUCAUGAUUGAGGACUACACCAAUUACUGGAUGCACAGGUUCCUGCAUUGUAACAAGUGGGGUUACGAGAAGAUUCACAGGGUUCACCACGAGUACGCGGCGCCAAUCGGGUACGCGGCGCCAUACGCGCACUGGGCCGAGGUCCUGCUCCUCGGGAUCCCGUCCUUCCUGGGGCCUGCGGUGGCCCCAGGACACAUGAUCACCUUCUGGUUGUGGAUUGCUUUGAGGCAGAUUGAGGCCAUUGAGACUCACAGCGGGUAUGACUUUCCUUGGACUCCCACAAAAUGGAUCCCAUUUUAUGGUGGUGCAGAAUACCAUGACUACCACCACUAUGUUGGUGGACAGAGCCAGAGUAACUUUGCUUCGGUGUUCACCUACUGUGAUUACAUCUAUGGAACUGACAAGGGCUAUCGGUAUCAAAAGAAGGUCCUGAAGGAGUUGAAAGAUGGAGUAAAAAGCAAUGGUCUGCAAAAUGGAGGCUCAUACAACUCUAGUACAGAUUAUAAGUCGGACUAGCUUUGGAACUUCAGAAGGGUUCACUGCUCUCGUAUGUUUCACUUUUGGCGACUGUGGAUCUUGUUUGUGGUGACUCAUUUGUUGUAGUUUGUGCAAGCUUGCUGAUUAAGAAACUCCUGGUGGGGCGAUUAUAAGUUUGCUCCAGUAGUUUGAGGUCAGGGUUCAGUGUCUAGUUUUGGGAUCUGAAGUUGUGUUUUCUAGCAAAAUGUUCAAAAAUGGAUCGUAUGCGUUGGGGUUAAGUAUUGUGACUGUGAAUUCUUGGUGUUGUUUUGCACUAUCAUCAAUUUUUUUUUCUCUUCUUUUUUUCCCGGUUGUUGGAUUCAUUUACCAUUUUAUGGAUCUAACUGAGUGAUUGAAGUGGUGGGGCUCUUGCCAAUUGACCGUGAAUCGUGUGUUUAGAUUGUAUUUGGAUUAUAGUCCGUCAUGGGUUAUGACUUGUACAAAGAUUAUAUGCAAGGGAUUCGUCCAUAUUCUCGCUCUGUA